AACUUUCUGCCAUAAUAAACACAUGCAGAAAAUUAAACACACAACAUCAUAAACACAUCGUAUGUUUUUGGUUAUCAUUUUCCUACAAAGCCAUCAUGUCCUCUGCAUUUAGCCAACGCUGCCUAAUUUGCUCAUCAUGGUCACCAAAGUCUACGUCAACCUCAUUCCUGAGUGGCGAAGAGUCUGACGAGUCGAGGGUGAGUUGCAUGUUGGAUCGCCAAGUGUCGGCCCUUUACUUGGUGUCGGGUUUGUUGGAGGUGCCUGGCGAAAUGUGCGCCCGAUUUCUCACCGUUUAUGGUCAUCCCGAUGAGUGGGCUAACGUUUGCGAAUGGUGUAACAUCCUCGUUGCACAGGGCAUGACCCUCUUUCGCCAAAUUAGGAGGCUGGAGGCAGAACAUGCAAAGGUCAGGGCGGCAGUGAAGGAUAGGAUGAAGGUCAAGGUGGAAGUAGAAGGAAGUGGGAACGACCAAGAGGCUGCUGCAAUUGAUAUCAGACGGUUUCUGGAUGCAAUUGAUAACUUGGAAGCUGAGCACAAAUCUGAAACACAAUGUAAUCAGCAAGAUAUCAAGAAUUAUAUUGGCUCUCAGGCCGUCGCCACUGUAAAUGAAACCCCUCAUAAACGUUCAAGCAAAGGUUCCACACCUCGACGGACGGCCAAAGUGACUAAAUCAAGAUUAAAGCCCAUGGUGCAACCCUCAAAACCAUGCCCAGAUUCAUCGUCCGAAAACAUAAUGUUUCCAUCACCUUCAAAAAGCGAUGGUUCUCCUCAUCAAGGCAUUAUUUCAGAUACGAAAGGACGUGCUACAGCUAAAUUGAAAAAGAAACCCAAGGGAAUUACUAAAUCAUACGUAAAACCUAAAGGCUUGUACUUGUCAGAGGACGCUGACACUCUUUCAUCAAGUCACGGAGUAAGACGAAGUGGACGACAAGUCACUAAGAAAGUUCAGUUUGACAAUGACAUAAAAAAUGAAGAUCACCAGAAUAUGCUAGAAGAUACAAAUGUACAACAUAAUAUAAUGGAAGAACAAAAAGAUUUCGACUUGGGCGCAGAAGAAAGGGAUUCCGAUCCGGAUUGGGAGUCUGAGGAUUUGUCAUAUUCUUUUCAAAAACACACAGCCAAAUCCGAACAGUCAAUAAAAUUUAAUAGCGAAUUGGAGAGAGAUAUUAUUUGUAAUGACAAUUCGUCCUCUAAUAAUUCCGAAGACAAUUCACAUGAACUAAAUGACGCACCUUCAAGUUCGAACAAGAACAAGCUGGCGGAAUCAAGAAAGAAAUAUGGUUAUACUUCCAACAAAUUGAUGGACAAUGGAAGAUUAAAGCCAGAAUUUAGAAAGUUUCCAAUCCGAGAAACUCUUACAUUUCAGCAAGUUAUUGAACUCCAAAAGAAAACUGCAUUGCCUCCAGUAUUGGGCCGCAUAACGAAAGAAGAACGACAAGAGCGGCGACUGUUACAAAAAGGAAAUUCGCUAGCCGCCCUAUGUCGACGACACCGAGUAAAAGAAUUCCCCUGCUCAACCUGUGGUCAUGUCUUUUCCAUGUACAAGGACUGGAAUAUUCACGCGAAUAUUAAUGAAUGUGAAAAAAGUAACAACACUUUAAGAAAAUUUGGCCCUGUCGUAAUAGAGAGGAUGAAGUGCGAACAAUGUGGGAAACCUGUUGGGAGUGCGACCGCGCUCGAAGAUCACCACAGAACUGCUCAUGAUGGUUCAGACCUGAUUUUAAAUUGCAGGGGCUGCUCGGUUGUUUUUAGACAGGCAGGAGAUUAUCAAAAACAUUAUUUUGAACUUUUAGAGUCCAACCCGGAUUCCGAUUGUGUUAAGUUUGCCCUACAAUGUCCAUAUAAAGAAGGAUGUAGGAAAGCCAUUCGAAAUAGCGAUGAGGCUCUUCGACUUCAUAUACGAAUUCGACACAUUGAUCCAAUACCCAGGACACACCUUUGUGUUCAAUGCAACAAAUCAUUUCCUUCCAAAUAUUUAUUGAGGCGACAUGUCGAGUUACAUGCACCUCGUGAUUUCAAGUGUGACCGUCUCAACUGUACAUCUGCAUUCAGUACUAAAAUCAGACUCAGAGAUCACAUCAAGCAUGUUCACGAAUCCAAAAAAGAUGGAGCAAAAGAAUAUCCUUGUUCAAUAUGUAACAAAGUAUUUUAUGUAAAGGCGCAGACGACACGACAUGAGAAAAUUCACAAUCCGGACUCGCCAUUCCUAUGCACAGUUUGCGGAAAAGGAUUUAAGCUUGCCAACUACUUGACGAUUCAUAUGUGGUCACAUGACCCUGCCAUGAAGGCUAGAUAUGCACGAUAUAAACAAGCAGCAGAACAAAGGCGACAACAGAAAGAAGAUCUAUUAAACCAUCAAGGAUCAGAAAUUCAACAAGAUGCUACCAAUCCUCCUAAUGAUUUCAUGCAAAGUAUCGGAAACUCGUUGGGUUAAUUACAACAAUUUACUGCAUGUUGUUUCCUCACAUUAGAAUUUGUCUGUUUUUAUACUGCAGAAGAGUUAGUUCCUUAAUAAAGUCAGUUUGAAAAAAUCUA